UGGUAUAAUACUGUCAUGGCGCGGACGAGCUGUAGCAGGGGGUAAAUCAGGAAGAGAAAGCGCUGUAAGUGGGUUAACACAGAAAUUUGAACAAGUCUAGCGGUUUUUAGGGAAGAACCGAGUGGACGACUGCUGUCCCUUGUCGAGCACAACUGGCGCUGUUGCCGGACUUGAGCCACGUUUAUGAGUUCUUGCUCAUGACAGCGCUCUACCUGUCAAGCCUGCUGUGACAAUAGCAAGUUCUUCUGCUGUAGCCUGGCUGGACUAGUGAAGAAAUGAAAGUCGCAGGUGCCUCUUAAAUUUUGACAAACGGGAGGAAAGGCAAGGUCUCUGCGACUUGCCUGUAGAACCAAUCUUAUUAAGCCGGUCCAUUGUAGUGAACAGUUUUGGAUGCAUUAUUUCAUUCGCCUCCCUAUCAAGUUUCUGACCGGGGGAGAGGAGUUCUAUAUGGAAACGUAGUGACAACUCCAAUGUCGCGGUGUCAUCGACUAGAAAUCCAGCUCUCGUGCGCCUGUGCCUCUCGCGGACUACAAAACAUAUGUUGUUGACUCGAAGGCUUAUUUUGUGAACUGUUUUGAAUGGGGAGGGAAAUAUUUUCGUUGUUUACCUCCAGACUGUCGACAUAACUGGAAAGAGGAUACCAUCGUUUUUUUCUUUCACCGACUUUACUGUAUCCCAUUACCGUCUUUGGAGGUGAACAGGUGCCUUACCUGUUAACGCCACCUGUCCUCCUGUAGCAAUGGCUAGCGAGGAGACGCCUGGUGGUGCUGGGCGACCAGCGGGGCAAGGUGAUGGAGCGGCAGCGGUGUCGCUCAACCCUGGGAUCCCUAUCCGAGGAAUCAAAAUGAAAUUCGCUGUCCUCGCCGGUCUGGUGGAAGUUGGGGAAGUUUCCAACCGGGACAUUGUGGAGACCGUCUUCAACCUGUUGGUGGGGGGCCAGUUUGACCUGGAGAUGAACUUCAUUAUCCAGGAGCAGGACAGCAUCGUGUGCAUGGUGGAGCUGCUGGACAAGUGUGAACCCACGUGCCAGGCGGAGGUGUGGAGCAUCUUCACGGCUAUCCUGAAGAAGAGCGUGAGGAACCUGCAGGCCUGCACCGACACAGCCCUCAUUAACCUGGUCCUGGACCGCGUGGCCCACACUGACAGCAUGAUCGCAGACCUGAUGGUGGACAUGCUAGGAGUGCUGGCCAGCUACAGCAUCACAGUCAAGGAGCUGAAGCUGUUCUUCAGCAAACUACAAGGAGAGAAAGGCCAAUGGCCUCCCCAUGCGGUGAAGCUGCUGUCUGUCCUGAAGAGCAUGGCCCACCGGAACGGACCUGACUCCUUCUUCAGCUUCCCAGGGAAGAGCGCUGCUGCUAUAGCUCUGCCCCCUAUAGCCAAAUGGCCGUACCAGAAUGGAUUCACCUUCCACACCUGGCUCCGCAUGGAUCCAAUCAACAACAUCAAUGUUGACAAGGACAAGCCUUACCUGUACUGUUUCCGCACCAACAAAGGUCUGGGCUACUCAGCACACUUUGUGGCCGGCUGUUUGAUUGUGACCUCGUUAAAGUCCAAUGGGAAGGGAUUCCAGCACUGCGUGAAAUAUGACUUCAAACCGCAGAAGUGGUACAUGGUGACCAUCGUUCAUGUCUACAACCGCUGGAAGAACAGUGAGAUCAGCUGCUACGUCAACGGAGAGCUCGCCUCCUACGGAGAAAUCACCUGGUUCGUCAACACCAGCGACACUUUCGACAAGUGUUUCCUUGGUUCGUCAGAGACGGCGGACGCCAACCGUGUGUUCUGUGGUCAGAUGGGGGCGGUGUAUCUGUUUGGCGAGGCCCUCAGUGCAGCACAGAUCCUUGCCAUCUACCAGCUGGGGCCUGGUUACAAGGGCACGUUCAAGUACAAGGCUGAGAGUGACCUCCUGUUUGCUGAGCACCACAAAACCCUGCUAUACGACGGCAAGCUGUCCUCCUGCAUCUCCUUCUCCUACAACCCCCGCGCCACCGACGCUCAGCUGUGCCUGGAGUCCUCCCCCAAGGAUAACGCCUCCAUCUUUGUCCACUCGCCACAUGCACUCAUGCUGCAGGAUGUGAAGGCGGUGGUUACCCACUCUGUUCAGAGUGCCAUCCACUCCAUCGGGGGAGUGCAGGUCCUCUUCCCCCUGUUUGCACAGCUGGAUCACCUCCAGCACACCAGCGAUGAACUGGACACCUCUGUCUGUUGCACUUUGCUGUCCUUUGUGAUGGAGCUGCUGAAGAACUCUGUGGCUAUGCAAGAGCAGGUCCUGGCCUGCAAGGGCUUUCUGGUCAUCGGCUACACUCUGGAGAAGUCUUCCAAGGUGCAUGUGACUCGGUCCGUGCUGGACAUCGUGCUGGCCUUUGCCCGUUACCUCAGCAACCUGCAGAACGGCGUCCUGCUGCUCAAGCAGCUGUGUGACCACAUCCUGUUCAACCCUGCCAUCUGGAUCCAUGCCCCCGCCAAGGUGCAGUUGACAUUGUACACCUACCUGUCGACCGAGUUCAUCAGCACGGUGACCAUCUACAACGCCAUCCGCAGGGUGGGCACGGUACUGCAGGUCAUGCACACGCUCAAGUACUACUACUGGGUCGUCAACCCCCAGGACCGCAGCGGAGUCACGCCCAAGGGCCUCGACGGUCCAAGACCCAAUCAGAAGGAGGUCCACUCUCUCAGAGCUUUUCUGCUGCUGUUUGUGAAACAACUCAUAAUGAAGGAUUACGGAGUGAAGGAAGAUGAGCUUCAGAGUAUUCUCAACUACCUGCUCACCAUGCACGAGGACGACAAUCUAAUAGAUGUGCUUCAGCUGCUGGUGGCUCUGAUGUCGGAGCAUCCUGGCUCCAUGAUCCAGGCCUUUGAUCAGCGCAACGGAAUACGGGCCAUUUACAAGCUGCUGGCUUCCAACAGUGAAGGAAUCAGAGUUCAGGCGCUCAAAGUCUUGGGCUACUUCCUCAAGCACUUGCCCGCUAAGAGGAAGUCAGAGGUCAUGCUGGGUCACGGCCUCUUCUCCUUGCUCAACGAGCGACUGAUGCUCCACUCCAACCAGUUCAGCAUGACAACCUACAACGUGCUCUUCGAGAUCCUGACCGAGCAGAUCUGCACUCAAGUGAUCCAUAAACAGCAUCCGGACCCUGACUCCACUGUGAAGAUUCUCAACCCGCAGGUCCUGAAGGUGAUCGCUGCCCUGCUGAAGAACUCUCCCCUCUCCCCAGAGAGCAUGGAGGUGCGCAGGGUCUUCCUGUCAGACAUGAUCAAACUGUUCAAUAACAGCAAAGAUAACAGGAGGAGCCUGCUGCAGUGCUCUGUGUGGCAAGAUUGGAUGCUCUCUCUGUGCUUCAUCAACCCCAAGAGCAGCGAGGAGCAGAAGGUCACUGAGAUGGUGUACGCCAUCUUCCGCAUCCUGCUCUACCACGCCAUCAAGUACGAGUGGGGCGGCUGGCGCGUGUGGGUGGACACCCUGUCCAUCACCCACUCCAAGGUGACUUUUGAGCAGCACAAGGAGAACCUGGCCCGUAUGUUCCAUCAGUACCAGAGACUGGGCUCCGAGGGCGAUGCGGCCGGUAUCCGGACCAUUUCCGGGGCCAGCCGAGACUCUGAGAUUCUGGGCCAGCUCCGGACCAACAGGGAUCAGGGGGAGGAAACAGCCCCCUCCACCGUGAUCGAGCUCACCAUUGAUCCAGAGGGGGUCCCUCAGAACCAGGAGUCCCCCAACACUACCCCUCCCUCAGCAGCCUCAACAGCAUCCGCCUCCACCCCCAGCCCUCCAGAGAGAGAAGGGGAUAGAAGCCAGAGGGGUCAAGCACCCAUAACUGUGUCCAACAUGUUGGCCAGAGCUGAGGAAGAGGAGGAGGAACUACAGCAGGUCCAGAAUCAGAUCUCAGAGGAUCAGAGCGGAGGUGCUGGUGACCGAGCUGAAACUACUACACAGGAGACUGAAGCUAAACUCACUGAGGAUAAAGUCAGCAGUAAGACCAUUGAGGCCAUGACUGAGACUGAGACCUCCACAGACAAGACUGAUGAUGCUGCAGCAGCUAGCACAGUUGAAACAGACGAAGCGACCAAGCCAGAAACUGAUGACGUGAAGGUGGCUGAAACAGAAACAAGCGACGAUGCUAAAACAUCUGGUACCGACAAAGUAGUAAAACCUCAAACGGAUGGGGAGAAGGGGUCAGAAACACACAGCAACAAUGCCGGCGACGUUCUUAGGUCUGAGAAUACCAAGAACGAACCCAAGGAACCGGAACUGGCUAAGCAACCGGAGGAACAGGUCUCUGCUGAGACCUUGGCCUGCCAGAAGGGCAGCGUGGCGGAGGGGUCAGCAGUCGCAGGCGGGGCAUCGGUCCGGUCAGUCAGCGACCAGGUCCGACCCAGCUCCACCGAUGACAGCAUGGAGGAAUCCUCCUUUGUCUCCGCCGCUGGUGGAGAGGAGGGAGAAAAGGAGGCGGAGGAAGUGAAGACAAAGGAGGUUGUAGUUGAGGAGGUGAAGAAGGAAGAGGUUAAAGCAGAGGAGAUCAAGAUAGAGGAGGUUGUAGUUGAGGAGGUGAAGAAGGAAGAGGUUAAAGCAGAGGAGAUCAAGACAGAGGUGGUUAAAACUGAAAAGAAGAAGGAAGAGGAGAGUGUUGCCGUGGUCACAGAAUCAGCAGUGGAAAGUCAAGAGACACCACCUGCUUCUGUACCUGAGGAGAGUCAGACACAACCCCCUAAAAUGGAGGAGAUUGACCUUGACCCGUCUUCACCAGGCACCGACCCCACCAGCACAGAGCCAGCCCAGCAGCCUUUAGAGUCCACAACAUCGCCCCCUAUGGCCCUGGAGGCCAUACUACCAACACCAGCAGCAGUAGGGGCCACUGUCUCUAAAUCUGACACCCCACAGGCUGUAGCUCCAACAGAGGCCCCCAGCACCAAGGCGGUCCAGCCAGAAGCCUCAGGGGCCACAGAGGCCCCCAGCACCAGGAAUGAUACCUCUCCGAAGGUAGCCACUGCUACUGCUGUGGAGGCAGGGAAAGACAGUGCAGCAGAGGGCCCCGGCUCCGCUACCAAGACCAAAGAGAUCCACAUCGCCAGGCUGGAUGUGUCCAGUGUGGCCUCAGACACAGAGAGACUGGAGCUGAAGGAGACACCCACACCUGAGGCUCCUCAGGGCCAGGCGGCUGCAGCAGGUGCCUCAGGAGGCCAGGCCAGAGAGAGCAGCUCCUCAGCUCGCUCCACCAUGUUCCGUAUCCCAGAGUUCCGCUGGUCCCACAUGCACCAGCGCCUGCUCACAGACCUGCUCUUCUCCAUCGAGACUGACGUGCAGAUGUGGAGGAGUCACUCCACUAAGACGGUGAUGGACUUUGUGAACAGCAGUGAGAACGUAGUGUUUGUCCACAACACAGUGCACCUCAUCUCUCAGGUCGUGGACAACCUCAUCAUGGCCUGUGGAGGCAUCCUGCCCCUGCUUUCCGCUGCUACAUCUUCCUCGCAUGAUCUGGAGAACAUUGAGCCGUCCCAGGGUCUGGCGGUGGAGGCGUCGGUCACCUUCCUGCAGCGCCUCAUCAACCUGGUGGAUGUUCUUGUCUUCGCCUCCUCCCUCAACUUCACUGAGAUAGAGGCUGAGAAGAACAUGUCCUCUGGGGGUAUCCUCAGACAGAGCCUUCGCCUGGUGUGUGCCAUGGCUGUGAGGAACUGUCUGGAGUGUCAGCAGCACUCCCACUUCAAGCCCAGCCAGGACAGCGCCCGUGGCCAGCAAGCUUUACAAAGCCUCAUGGGAGCCGCCAAGUCCAUGCCCGCGCAGAGCCCUGUUGAUGUUGUGACAGGAGGGAUGUCUCCCGUCAGAGACAUGGACCGCCUCCUACAGGACAUGGACAUCAACCGCCUCAGAGCCGUGGUCUUCAGAGAUAUCGAGGACAGUAAGCAGGCUCAGUUCUUGGCCCUGGCCGUGGUUUACUUCAUCUCUGUUCUCAUGGUGUCCAAGUACCGAGACAUCCUGGAGCCCCAAAACGACAAGAAACACCCCCAGCGCAGCCAGUCUGCCAGGAGCGCAGACAGUGGUGCCAUCUCUGGCGGUCCCGACCUGGAGAGCAGCGUGUCCCUCCGUCGCCGUGACUCUGGCAUCGGGGAUGACCAUACCUCCGUGGCCCCCAGCGAGGCAGACUCCACCGCCCAGGGGCCCGACGCCGUGUCCGAGGCCCUGUCCACCCUCUCCUCAGAGGUCAGAGUUCACAGAGACAACCCCACGGCGGACGCCAGGGGUGGGAAGAACGUGAAGGACAUCCUUCGGAGCCUGGUCUCGGUGCCUGCUGAUGACAUCAUGGUGGACCCCAGCCUUCUGCCGCCGGCCUUCCUGGGAACUGCUAUGGGAAACAACCCCAACCAGUUCAGAUCCUUUGACAGAAGCGUUCGGGUGGCGCCCAAGAAGGUGGGCGGGGCUCGGUCCCCAGGCUCCUCCACUCCUGUCCAAUCAGCCGCCGCUGCUGUGGCGGCCGCCGGGACACCAGUCAACAAUGUUGCCGUGGUUUCCACAGGCGAUGCCUCCCAGAGAACCACCGCUGAGGCUACAGCCGGAUCAGCCAGCGCCAACCUGCCAUCUGUCCCCACGCUGUCCCCAAUGACCCAGGACACAGCCCCCAGUAUGAGUAUCUCCGAGAGGCUGGAGCAUGCUCUGGAGAAGGCUGCCCCCCUACUGAGAGAGAUCUUUGUGGACUUCGCGCCCUUCCUCUCUCGCACCCUGCUGGGUAGUCACGGACAGGAGCUCCUCAUCGAGGGCACCAGUCUGGUGUGUAUGAAGUCCAGCAGUUCGGUGGUAGAGCUGGUCAUGCUGCUCUGUUCUCAGGAGUGGCAGAACUCUAUCCAGAAGAACGCAGGCUUGGCCUUCAUCGAGCUGGUCAACGAGGGCAGGCUGCUGAGCCAUAACAUGAAGGACCACCUGGUGCGGGUGGCCAACGAAGCUGAGUUCAUCCUGAGCCGACAGAGAGCCGAGGACAUCCACAAACACGCUGAGUUUGAGUCCCACUGUGCCCAGUACUCGGCUGAGAAGCGUGAUGAGGAGAAGAUGUGCGACCACCUGAUCCGAGCGGCCAAGUACCGAGACCACGUCACAGCCACCCAGCUCAUCCAGAAGAUAGUCAACAUCCUCACGGACAAACAUGGUGCCUGGGGAAGCUCUGCCUUCAGCCGUCCUCGGGAGUUCUGGCGCCUCGACUACUGGGAGGACGACUUGAGGCGGCGCCGGCGCUUCGUCAGGAACCCCUUCGGAUCCACUCACUCCGAGGCCACGCUCAAAGCUGCAGCCGAACACGUGGUGCCUGGCGUUAAUGCUCCGGAGGAAGAUAUCCUCAAAGGCAAACAGUCCAUCAGAAGUCAUGCACUGGGAAAUCAGAACUCUGAGAGUGAGAUAUUGUUGGAUGGCGACGAUGACACUCUAUCAUCCUUGGAGGAGAAGGAAUUGGAGAACCUAACAGGCCCUGUAAACAUGAGCACUAGCGCUCAGCUGGUCGCCCCGGCCGUGGUGGUGAAAGGAACACUGUCCAUCACCGCGUCUGAACUCUACUUCGAGGUGGAUGAAGAAGAGGCCAGCUUUAAGACGAUCGAUCCAAAGAUCCUGACCUACACAGAGGGCCUUCAUGGUAAAUGGCUGUUCACAGAGAUCAGGGCUGUCUUCUCCAGACGUUACUUGCUGCAGAACACUGCUCUGGAGAUCUUCAUGGCCAACAGAACUGCAGUCAUGUUCAACUUCCCAGAUGCAGCCACGGUGAAGAAGGUGGUCCAAUGCCUCCCUCGCGUGGGGGUGGGCACCAACUUUGGCCUCCCACAGACCAGGCGUAUCUCCCAGGCCAGUCCCAAGCAGCUCUACAAGGCCUCCAACAUGACCCAGCGCUGGCAGCGCAGAGAGAUCUCCAACUUUGAGUACCUCAUCUUCCUCAACACCAUCUCUGGCCGUACCUACAACGACCUGAACCAGUACCCUGUCUUCCCCUGGGUCAUCACGAACUACGACACUGAAGACCUGGAUCUCACCCUGCCCAGCAACUACAGAGACCUGUCCAAGCCCAUUGGUGCCCUGAACCCCAAGAGGGCGGCGUUCUUCAACGACCGCUAUGAAUCCUGGGAGGACGACCAGGUGCCCAAGUUCCACUACGGAACCCACUACUCCACCUCCUCCUUCACCCAGAUGUGGCUGCUGCGCAUCGAACCCUUCACCACCAUGUUCCUCAACUUCCAGGGAGGGAAGUUUGACCACGCUGACCGCACCUUCUCCUCCGUGUCCCGAGCCUGGAGGAAUUGCCAGAGAGACACGUCCGACGUCAAGGAGUUGAUCCCAGAGUUCUACUACCUCUCUGAGAUGUUUGUAAACGCCAACAACUACAGCCUGGGAGUGAUGGAUGAUGGGACUGUGGUGUCUGACGUAGAGCUGCCGCCGUGGGCCAAGACCCCCGAGGAGUUUGUACGCAUCAACAGACUGGCUCUGGAGAGUGAGUUUGUGUCGUGCCAGCUGCACCAGUGGAUUGACCUGAUCUUUGGCUACAAGCAGCAGGGUCCUGAGGCCACCAGGUCUCUCAACGUCUUCUACUACCUGACCUAUGAAGGGACCAUCAACCUCAACUCCAUCACCGACCCCAUGCUCAGAGAGGCUGUGGAGGCACAGAUCAGGGGUUUCGGACAAACCCCAUGUCAGCUGCUCAUCGAGCCACACCCACCAAGGAGCUCCGCCAUGCAGGUGACCCCCCUGAUGUUCACGGAGCAGAUGCAGCAGGAUGUCAUCAUGGUGUUGAAGUUCCCUAGCAACUCUCCCGUGGCCCACGUGGCCGCCAACACCCAGCCGGGCCUCGCUGCGCCUGCCAUCAUCACCGUCACCGCCAACCGCCUCUUCGCCGUCAACAAGUGGCACGGCCUCGCCGGUCAUCAAGGCUCUUCGGUGCAGGACCAGCAGUACCAACUGCCGGUGGAAAUCGACCCUCUGAUAGCCAGUAACGUGGGGACCCACCGUCGUCAGAUCACAGACCUGUUGGACCAGAGCAUUCACAUCCACUCGCAGUGCUUCAUCAUCACGGCAGACAACCGCUUCAUCCUGCUCUGUGGUUUCUGGGACAAGAGCUUCCGCGUCUAUUCCACUGACUCAGCCCCUAAUCAUCGGCCCUUCCACAAGACACCUAAUCCAUCAGGAAAGCUGACCCAGAUAGUGUUUGGUCACCGUGACGUGGUGACGUGUCUGGCCAGGUCUGAGUCGUACAUCGGAGGGGACUGCUACGUCCUGUCAGGCUCCAGAGACGCCACGCUGCUGCUCUGGUACUGGAACGGAAAACACAGCAGCAUCGGAGAGAACCCCGGAACUGAGUUUGUGACGCCCAGAGCCAUCCUGACGGGUCAUGACUGUGAGGUGACCUGCGCCAGUGUGUGUGCCGAGCUGGGACUGGUUAUCAGUGGCUGCAAAGAGGGCCCGUGUCUGAUCCAUUCCAUGAAUGGGGACCUGCUGCGGACCCUGGAGGGCCCGGGGGGCUGCGUGCAGCCCCGUCUCAUCCAGUCCUCUACAGAGGGCCACGCCGUAGUCUAUUACGACAAGGGACACUUCUGCUUCUUCUCCAUCAACGGAAAGCUGCUGGGACACAUGGAGGUGGAGGAGAACAUCAGGGCCAUGCUGCUGAGUCGUGAUGGCCAGUACCUGCUGACGGGGGGAGACGGGGGAGUUCUGUCUGUCUGGCAGGUUCACAACCUCAAACAGAUGUUCACCUACCCAGGCUGUGACGCAGGCAUCCGCUCCAUGGCCAUGUCCCACGACCAAAGGUGCAUUAUAACCGGCAUGGCGUCCGGUAGUAUAGUACUGUUCUACAACGACUUCAACAGGUGGCACCACGAGUACCAGACCAGAUACUGAGGCAGGACCAACCCACAACAACAACAACAGCAACAACAACAAUCCUUGAGAAUCUGGUUAACAUGGGAACUACCUACUGCAAUCCUGUCGUCUGAUGUACUAAGGCACUACUCAAUACAUAUUGAUAUCCUGAAUGUAUCUUAAGAGAAGAAAAACUGUCUGAUUCUGUCGAAAGAAGCAAACUAUUUUUUUUAAAAGGGCAUUGCUAUAUUUUGUAGGGCGUAUCGAAAAUUUCAUAUAAUAUAAUAUCUUAGGGUGGGGUUAUAUACCUAUGGUUACAAAUCUAUUUUUAGCUUGUUAAGAGUCUAUUUUCAUCUCGAGCAGAGGAAAAUAAGGGUUCAAAGUGGAAGUAGGUAGAAAAGUAUAUUUGCAUCUAUUGUCUUAAGAAUCCAUAUAUUUGUGUACUUUAGGGGUGAGUGAUUUUUUUUCAAUAGGUGUGAAACGUGGAGAUAUAAUCAUUAUUUUUGUCAUUAAUAUCCUUUUUUUUCAUGCUCUUUUUGCUACUGUGUGGAAACACAGGGAUAUAAAAUACGUGAAGUUUGUGAAGCGAUCGAGCAGGAAGUUCAGUUAGUUCUUUUAUGUGUUCAUGACAUGAGAGGGAAUAUAUUCUAUUUAAAUGUUUGUACCACACCUCCUCUCUGUAAGCGGACAUAUCUUGCCUUCCUGUGCAUGAGUUAUUCCUCUGCUGUCCUGAUGGUGGCAUACACUGCACAAAAACAUGUCACCAGUUGUCAUAUGUGUAUCAGACAGUCGUCAUAGUAACAAGAUGGCUGCCGGUGUGAUUAGUUUGUAUCCGAGUGGAGUGUUGUCAUGACGAUCAUUAGCUUUAUUAUGUAUGUACUGUAACCAUACUGAUGAAUAAUAUGUCUGUCAGUAGAAACAGAUGUCAUGGGCUACGUCCUAAUUCUAUAAAAUGGCAUCCUUUCCUCAUCUCAUUUCCUUCAUAUUGCUUACUUAUCACCUAUCAGUCCUUUACAUGAAGGAGAUGGGACGAGGAAAGGAAGCCAUUCAAAAUGGCUGACGUAGCCAUGAUGUGCUUCUUUGUAUGACUUCUUGUUAGCUUUACCUCCUCUACUGAGGCAUUUGCAGUACUUAAGCAUAUAUCAUAUUAGCAAUUGACACAGUACCCAAACCAUGCUAGGAUCAUCAAAGUCCACUGUCUCCAAAGCAUCUCAUCAUGGCAAAGAGAGGUGCAGCGAAAUGAGGGACUCGUCAGUCUGACUGUGUGUCACGGUGAAUAUUCACUGGUUAAACCCGACCACAGACAACCCUGGUCCUGGACAGCCAAAGGGUGUGCACUUUUUAGUUCAAGCCCAGCUUUAAAAUACCCGAUUCUACCUACUUAUGGGCCUUCAGGUCAAAACUGAAUUGAAUCAGGUGUUUUUGGUGCAGGGUUGGAACAAAACAAAAACCCUGCACACCCACUGUGGUUCCUCCAAUGCAACGGUUGCUCAUAAGGAGAAACAUUCCGUGUUGGUUUGAUCUACGCUUGGUGUGGUUACGACUGCAAUGAAAUGGCUACUACUGUAUUUCCUAUGUGUCACUCGAUAUUUUGGCAAUCAAUUUGGAAUGAGUGUUUUUGACGCGUGAUGAGUUCUGACAAUAAAAUUGCAUUUUGUAACUUGA